UGUUUUAUAUCUAGAGUGGGAACGCGUAAGAAGUUGACCCACCCGAGAUGUUGACAUUGUCUUAGAGUUGACUAGCAAAAGUUCUUAUGCUCUUUCGUGUGUUUAUGGCCAUGAUCUGUUUCUGAUGUACAGAUAAACCAGUUUGCAAUCUAGACGAUGACGGAAGUGACAGGCCUGAGGCGUUUCGUUUCUAAGUUCAUUUGCUGUUAUGCAGACGAUUCCAUUAUUGAGUAUGAACCAUAUGUGUACAUUCCAGCCAAUAGUUACACGUAUGCCGAGGUUAUAAAGAUGACCAACAAGUUCAAUAAAGUUCAUGGCAAAGGAGGGUUUGGUGUAGUUUAUCAUGGAGUUUUAAACAAGCAACAAGUAGCAGUAAAGAUGCUAAACCGAGCAUCCAUCUAUAACAUUGAACAGUUUACCAAAGAGGUUCACGAUUUUGUAAAAGUUCGUCACAAAAACUUGGUGAGCCUCAUUGGGUACUGUGAUGAUGGUGAGCACUUGGCACUUAUCUAUGAAUUCGUCGCAAAUGGAGACUUGAAAGAUCAACUAUCUGGGAAGUUUGGUAAUGUCCCAACCUGGGAAAGCAGGUUAAAAAUCAUCAUUGGAGUAGCACAGGGUCUAGAGUAUUUGCAUAGCGAGUUGAGAUUCCUUCACAGAUAUGUUAAGCCGACAUAUAUCCUACUAGACGAAAACUUCGAAGCGAAACUGGCUGAUUUCGGGCUGUCGAGAUCCUCCCCAACCAACCCUCACAUACAGGAGUCAAAUAAGAUUUAUGUCAAGCCUGGAAGAAAUCCAUACCUGCAUGACACGUACUUCAACUCAAACCGUUUAACCAAACGGAGCGACAUUUAUAGCUUUGGAAUUGUUCUGUUGGAGUUGAUAACCAAUCAGCCUGUCAUUGAUAGCAACCGUGAACGUCCUCACAUUUCCAAGUGGGUCGAUUCAGAGGUCGCAAAAGGCAGUACUAGAGAGAUUGUUGAUCCCAGGCUAAACAGUGACUUUGAUCCCAACUCAGUCAGUAAAUCUAUGGAGAUAGCACGCACUUGUGUAGCUCGUUCUUGUAAUAAUAGGACACGCAUGAGUCAGGUUGUUAUGGAGCUCAACGAGUGUCUGGCUUUAGAGAUGUCUAGAACUCAUGGAAGAACUGGGGAGAUAACUCAAGAGAGUCAGUGAUCGUUGUGACCCUGUCCACUAGUUCAACAAUCUCAAUCGUUUUCAUCUUUCUUCAUGAUCCAAAAACAUUUACAUGAUCGUACAUUGUAUCGUUCUAGCAUGGUUACUGCAUUUUCUCUAUUUUACAGUUUUAAAUUUUCAGUAAUGUUUGAACAGUAAACACUGUUUCCCUGUAUCCUCCAUGUUCCUCCUUUGAC